UGGAGAGACUGAUGGGAGCGAAAACGUUGUUAUCGUUGUGGUAGAUUUACUGUCUUUUGCCAAGGGUUUGUGCAGAAUAUAGUUGAUAUUGUAAAUAUACACUGUAAGGUGUGCAAAUGUCAGCAGGCAAACCGACGACCAUUAAAGACGCGAUAAAACGUUGGGAAGAUGAAACACACUCCGAAGCAGCAACUGCCAUCGAAGUAAACUUAAGUUUCCAAUGGCCACCGAUCGAGAAAAUGGAUAGCUCGCUUGCUGUUCUCACAUUGUGUGAAAAAUUAUCUUUAUCUACCAACAUGAUCGAGAAAAUGUCAGGUAUUGGCAGCUUGAAAAGGCUACGUAUUUUAUCAUUGAGCCGUAACGCAAUAAAAAGCUUUGUUGGCCUGGAGACUCUGGGUGAUACGCUAGAGGAAUUAUGGAUCUCGUACAAUGCUAUCGAGAAGAUGAAGAGUGUAAACGCAUUGAGAAAUCUGAAGGUGCUCUAUAUGUCCAACAAUUUGGUAAAAGAGUGGAAUGAAUUUAUGAGACUGCAAGAUAUGCCGAAUUUGCAGGAUUUGUUAUUUGCUGGCAAUCCUAUCACUGAAGGAUUAGAGACAGAACACUGGCGAUUAGAAGUAUCGAGGCGACUGCCAAGCUUGGAAAAACUCGACGGGGAACCACUCGUACAUAUGAGCGUCGAGGAAUUGGCGAUGCAACAACAGCAAGCGCAAACUACGCCGAAAUCACCGGAUGCUCAGGCUGUUCAAUAACUUUUCGUCGUCGCGACUACUUUUUUUUGGCACGUGAAAAGAUCGUUUUUUUC